UUGCUGUAAGAGCAGAUAACUUCAGUAGGUUCUUGGGCCCCUGGACAAAAAGACCAGAUUCAGAUUGAGAAUAAGGUGAGAGUCAGAAGACACCUUGUUUGCCAUCAGUUAAAUCUCUCGCUAUUACCACUCAAUACUGCCAGAUUGUGUGUGUGGAGAAAGCUGCUCACCACGGAGACUUUCUACCUCCAACACGAGAAAGGACUUUCUUUAAUAGAAAGCACAUCCUAAACAGGCUGUAGAAUGUCGACCAUUGGCAGCUUCGAAGGGUUCCAGCCUGUGGCACUGAAGCCAGAUGGAGAUGAUCAGCCCUCAGAAAGAGACAGCCUCCCAAUGGAAGAGGGGAGUUCAGGCAGAGACUCAGUGCCCAGCAGAAUGGCAAGGCAGCCUAGUGUGACCGAAUCAGUUCUCUACCCAAACCCAUACACUCGGCCACAUUGCACACGCAAGUACUUUGUUACUCGGCCAGGGGCAAUUGAAACGGCCAGACAAGACUUAAAGAACCAUGUGGACGAGACGAUGGGUGAAGCCAUUCAAGGUUUCUGGCUCUUGACAGAAGUGGACCACUGGAACAAUGAGAAGGAAAGGGUGGUGGCAAUCACUGAUAACACCUUGCUGAUCUGCAAAUAUGACUUCAUUAUGCUCAGCUGUCUCCAGUUUCAACGCAUUCCCCUAAGCAGCAUCUGUCGCAUUUGUCUCGGCAAAUUUGCCUUCCCUGGCACAUCCUUGGAUAAGAGGCAAGGUGAAGGCAUCCGGAUCUCUUGGGGAAAGAGUGAGGAGCAGUCCUUCUUGUCCCGCUGGAACCCUUGGUCCACAGAAGUUCCUUACGCUACUUUUAUAGAGCACCCCACCAAGAAUAGCAGUGAAAAGUUCAGUGAAAUUUGCAAGAUGUCUGCAUUUAUAGCUAAGCUGGUGUCUGCUGUUCAGAAUGCUCACAAGACCUCCUCAGGACCUGGAAGAGGACAAGAAGUGAUGGUGUCAACAGAACCGAUUCUCAUGGAGACGUACACUGGAUUGAUGUCAUUCAUUGGAAAUCGCAACAAACUGGGCUACUCCCUGGCCCGUGGAAGCAUAGGAUUUUAAAAUUAUACUCCUUGUAUAGUUAGGUCUCUUCUGUCAAAAGCUAUGCAGUCAUUUAGGGUUACUGUGCUAUUUCCUCUGCAGUUCUGUAAGCCACCUUUCCUACAGUCUCUCCUUCCCAUCCCCCAUUCCUCACAAGCUUUCUGACAGACACAUUUUCUGGGCCAUGUAAAGAAGUAGCAUAGUUGUGUAAGUUGAGAUAGUGUUCUAGACCUUUAUACAAAGGUUGAGAUAACAUAGAAUUAAAGCAUGAAUACUUUAUCAAAUUAGUGACUGAAUAUGAAGUGAGUUCUGUGUACAAAUUCAUUCUCCUCUCAUUCUUAAGUGUUUGUGGAUAUGUGCCCAUUCUGGGGAUCCCAUUCAGCCCUUAAGCCUUCAGUUAUGACCUCUGGAUAGUGGACUCCCAAUUGGAUGACCUCCAGUCCUUACCUGUCUUCCAUGCCCCAUGUCCAAUUGUCUUGCCAGAUACCCUCACCUGGAUGUUCAGGUCACCUAAAACUCAACAUGUCCUUCAAAGAAACCAUGCGGCUUCCAUAGAGCAAUUGUUUAGUGUCAAGGCCCUAGGGUUGGAAUCAAGACAUUUGAGUUCUAGAAUUGAUUCUAAUUAAAACUUAAUGUGUGAUUUUAGGCAAGUUCCUUCUUAUUUCUGUACCUCAAUGUCCUCAUAUAUAAAAUGACAGUUUGAGAUUUAAUAGAUUCUAAGGUCACCCUAAUCUACAGUUAUGCUUCUCAUAUAUAUUCUCAUAAUUUCCCAUCUAAACAGUUUUAGUGGCCAUCUUACUGACUGCCCAGUCUGACACUCACCACCCCCAUCUAAGGCAAUCAUUAUAUGCCCCCUUGAGUAAUCUUCCUAAGAUAUUCCCUUUGCAGAUGAUGAUGAUGAUGAAUGAUGAUGAUGGUGAUGGUGAUGGUGGUGGUGAUGGAGAUGAUGGGGACAGUGAUGAUAAUUAGGGAUCAUAUAGUGUCUUCAGAUUAAUGAGGUAUUUUAUAUAGCAUAUCUCAUUUGUUCCUCAUAACAGCCUUAUGAGGUAGGUGCUAUUAUUAUCCCUA